GUGCAUAUCUUGUAACAGCACGAUGAGCGUGGUAGUGCUGGGCAAGUUGAUCGAAGCUCCAGGCAUAAGGCAGCAAGUGAGCGAGGAUGGUGGAAAGAUGUGAAAGAGCCAUCAAGCAGAGCCAUUACAAGUGAUAAGCAGAUGAAUGAUGAGAAGAACAAAGUUUCAGGCAAACAGAAUAAUGUUUGGCGCCAUGACAGGUACUUUGAAGUAAAGGAAGAUCCUAAACCACCUGUGAAGAAAAGGUCAUUUAGGGAGGAAAAAAUUCCAGUGGAUACUGAGAAAGUUGAGAAAGCAGCAACAGAACUUGUUAAACCUAAUCCUUCUCAGCCUGAAGUAGACGGCGGAAGAAUGAAUGAAAGAACUGACCACAUGUCACGUCAUCCUGGCAGAUAUGAGAGACCAUUUACUGGUGAGAGGAAUGCAAACAAGGGUGAACCAUGGAGGGGCAAAUUUCCACCAAGAGACAGGUACCAUGGCAACGUCGAUUACAUGGGGAGGGACAGAUUCAAUUCAAGGCCAGGACAUAACCCAAGUAAGGUGGUUGAAAAGUGGAAACAUGAUCUUUAUGAUGAGGCAAACAAGAGUCCACCGCCAAAGAAUGAAGAAGAUCAAAUUGCGAAAAUUGAAGCACUAUUGGCUUCUUAGCACACCCUUGUCUUGCAGUGAAGUGAAGUGGUAGUUCCCUUUUCUUUUGUUUGUCAAAAAAGUGAGGGGGGAUUAUUCCGGAUGGUCAAAGCUAUUGCUGUACAAUCCUCGCGAUUAUGAUUUUGCUUGGAUUUGUGUUUGGGGCGUAGUUCUAGCAAUGUGGUUUUAGCGGUGUACUUGAAGAAAGCUUCUCGAGAUGCUUUUUUUAGUUGCGUGCUCUGUGAACAUUUAUAGUGAAUUAGUGAUGGGCAGCAUGGAGCCAUGUUCUUUUGGAUUUCUUCUGUAUGGAAAUAUUCAGUUCAUCUGUUUCGUAACAAAGUCUGCAGUAAAAUUGUGCGCGUUAUUAUUAUCUUUA